AAGCUGCUGCCCAGCGUAUACGUAUAUAUAUACUCCUCCUCCUCCUCCUCAUCAUCAUCAUCAACAUCUGUCGUGAUCGAUGUGUCCGAAUUUUCUCCAUCUCCAUGGUCCUCAUCAAUAAUCUUCUUGCUAGCCUAGCCGGCCUCCAUGCCAUGGCCAUACCACGCGCACGCCACUGCUAGCUGCAUCUCCGGAUGUAUGGAUGGGCACCUCACCACCACUACUAGCAGAUAUCUGCUGCAGUCUCCCGGGCCCCGGCGUGUGUAUAUAUCCCAGUUGCCGCUGAAUCGAAGAAGCUAAUUAAGCCGCUGCUAGCAGAUCGAUCGAGCAGCUGGCUAGCUAUCUUAAUUUGCUUCAUCAUCAACCUCAGUCAGUUCGAUGGCUUUCAAAGGUCGUGCCGUUACCCCGUGAAGCAUUGAUUGUUCAGGUUCCGAUUUGGAUUCCGAUUGAUUUGUCCGGAUUCCGAUUGAUUUGUUCAGAUUCCGACGGACAAUGAAUCAGUGAUUGCUUUAGAAAUAGAAGAGAUAGAGAUUAGUACGUCCAGCAAUUUCUUCCUUAUCCAAUAUGUGUGAUCGAUGUGGACGGUGGUCCCAUCCCCAUCUCGAUCGCCCUUUGCAUCCGUUGUCUUUUUACCAGCUAAUUACGUACUAAUUACGUACCGACAUACAUACAUAUAUAAUAUGAAAUUUGGUCGUCAGAUUAUUAAAUAAAUACCAAUAGUCAUCCAGAAUAAAAAUCUAUCUGAAAUUCUUCCAAAGAAGAACAUUUGAUAUAUAUCGCAGGCCGUCAACCUCAUGUACUUUCAUGGCCCAUCUAUCCCUCCAAGUCAAGAAGCUAGCUAGUGCUCCUAGCUAUGGAAUGGACAAAAUAUAAACAUUAGAGAAUUUAAUUCAUCCAGGAAAGUUUCUCAUGUACUAAUUAAUGUUCGUUUUUCUUAAUACAGACCAGGUAUAAACGCCUAAGCCUUUUUUAUAUAAAAAAAGAUUCCAAUGAGACCCUUUAUUUGGAUCAAACGAAUAUUUACCAACAAAUCCUUUGAAAUUCCUAGGAAACCGGCAAUUGCAAAGAAAUUUAGGGAAAAACAUAAUAUGACAUACACAAUUUUUCUGCAUGUUCUAGUCAUGUACGAUGCAAACUGGCAAGGCAUUCCAAUCUAUUUUCUUCCUAUUCCAUUUUAUUUCUAAAGGAGGCCUAAAGUAAAAGUAGCUAUGACAAAAUUAUAGCAGAUAUGUACUACUACAAGCUGGCCGAAUCCAAUUCCAUGCAUUUAAUUUUUUUUCUGAUAUUGAUGUAUACACGUGAUCCUGCAUGUAUCGUCAUCGUCUCGUCUCACAUGCAUGCAUCCUUUUUCAUCUUUACAAAUAAACCUACUAUCCUUUCCACCUUUACUUUGUUCUAUUUUCUCCGUCACUCUAGUCCGGUGGGUUCACUGUCAGAGAAAUGAUUUUUGUUUUUCUUUCUAUCAGCUUAAUCUCUAGAAGUUUAUGAUCCUCCCAUCCUUAGCUUCGAGGUAGAGAUAAUAGAUGGUGCUUUUCUCAGAUGCUUCACUGUAUGCUGUUUCAUUAACCAAUGGAGAAAAUAUUGAAUCAGUGAGCAAUAAAAUAUUUAAUAAGCAUUAAAAUAGUCCUUCGGAAAAAACACAAAAUCCAAAACCAUGUGUGUAUUGUUCUCUGCCCCUCUAACAAAGAAAAAGGAACGUUUUCAUGCUAUAUAUGUUAUUUUUAUAGUAGUGCGCACUUUGCUUUAUUUUUUUAAGCAAGUUAUGCUGUGAGUGGAGUGAAGUGAGUGAUGAUGUGGCCAACUGUAGGACUUCCACGCGACUCCCGUGGGUCUUUGGAAGUCUUCAAUCCAGAUGCCCCCACUUUGAUUUGCCCACCGAAGCGGGAGCCCAUCACCUCCCCAUUCCUCCUGAGCUUCGCCGCGGAUGAUGACGAGGUGCAGGAGGAAGAUAAGGAUGUUGUCGUGGGCCGGGCUGCACAAAGGGCCGCCGAGUGGGGCCUCAUCCUCCAAACCGACAAGCACACCGGCCGGCCACAGGGCGUCACCGCCCGCCCCUCCGGCUCCGGCCCCACCAGCGAGAGUGGAAACUCCCUCGACGAGACGACCGCCGACAUGGCCAGGGUGCUACCCCGAGUGUCGGAGGAGCUCCGUGCCGCGCUCUCCGCAUUCCAGCAGACCUUCGUGGUGUCCGAUGCCACCCGCCCCGAUCACCCCAUCCUCUAUGCCAGCGCCGGAUUCUUCAAUAUGACCGGCUACUCCUCCAAUGAGGUCGUCGGAAGGAACUGCCGCUUCCUGCAGGGCUCCGGGACGGACCCGGCCGAGAUCGCCAAGAUCAGGCAGGCGCUCUCAGCUGGCUCAAACUACUGCGGCCGUGUUCUCAACUACAAGAAGGAUGGCACACCGUUCUGGAAUCUCUUGACUGUUGCCCCCAUCAAGGAUGAGGAUGGCAGGGUCCUCAAGUUCAUUGGGAUGCAAGUAGAAGUGAGCAAGUACACCGAAGGGAGCAAGGAUACGGCUGUGCGCCCGAAUGGAUUGCCAGAAUCACUUAUCAAAUAUGAUGCAAGACAGAAGGAUCAGGCCCGUGGCUCAGUCUCUGAGCUUCUGCUUGCCCUCAAGAAUCCAAGAUCAUUGUCUGAAGCAAGAAACAGCACCUUAAAAAGAAAAUCACAGGAAGCAGAAUGUGUGUUUUCGACUGAAGUUCCUGGCAAGAGAACCUCCGAAAGUGGAAUGAGAAGCUCUCUGCAGAAAAUCAGUGAAGUACCCGAAGGAGGGAAUAAAAGUAGAAAAUCUGGCUUGCGUUCACUUAUAGGUUUUCUUGGUAUGGGCCAUGGAAAUGUACAGAAGAACAUGCUGAAACCAAGAGAAGAUCUGCUAAUUGACAGUGAUGAUGAAAGACCCGAAAGCUUUGAUGAUGAUUUCAGGAGAAAAGAAAUGAGAAGGGGUAUGGACUUGGCUACUACACUUGAACGUAUUGAAAAGAAUUUUGUCAUCACCGAUCCGAGGUUACCUGAUAAUCCAAUUAUAUUUGCAUCGGAUAGCUUUUUGCGAUUGACAGAGUAUAGCCGUGAAGAAAUAUUGGGAAGAAACUGCAGGUUUCUUCAAGGACCUGAAACUGACCGUGGGACAGUAAAGAAAAUAAGAGAUGCCAUAGAUAACCAAACAGAGGUCACUGUUCAGCUGAUAAAUUACACAAAAAGUGGCAAAAAAUUCUGGAACCUCUUUCACUUGCAACCAAUGCGUGAUCAAAAGGGUGAUGUUCAGUACUUCAUUGGGGUUCAGUUAGAUGGAACUGAACGUGUUCGAGAUGCUGCUGCAAAAGAUGGUGCCAUGCUGGUUAAGAAAACUGCAGACAAUAUUGAUGAGGCUGCAAAGGAACUUCCUGAUGCUAAUUUGAGUCCGGAGGAUCUAUGGGCUAAUCACUCAAAACCAGUCCUGCCAAAGCCACAUAUGAAGGAUACUGCAUCAUGGAGAGCCAUCCAAAAAGUUCUUGAGAAUGGUGAAAGCAUUGAUUUAAAACAUUUCAAGCCAGUAAAACCUUUAGGAUCUGGUGACACUGGCAGUGUCCAUUUGGUCGAGUUGCUUGGUACAGGCGAAUACUUUGCCAUGAAAGCUAUGGAUAAAAGCGUCAUGCUUAACCGAAACAAGGUCCAUAGAGCGACUGUUGAACGACAAAUCCUCGAUAUGUUGGACCACCCAUUCCUUCCCACAUUGUACGCAUCAUUUCAGACCAAGACACAUAUAUGUCUUAUUACUGACUAUUGCUCUGGUGGGGAACUUUUUAUGCUCCUUGAUAGGCAACCUAUGAAGGUUCUAAAGGAAGAUGCAGUAAGGUUUUAUGCUGCAGAAGUGGUCACAGCACUGGAAUACCUGCAUUGCCAAGGUAUAAUCUACCGAGACUUAAAGCCGGAAAAUAUUUUACUUCAUAGAGAUGGGCACAUUUCCCUGACAGACUUUGAUUUGUCUUGCUUGACAUCUUGUCUACCACAGGUGUUUCUUCCGGAAGAUAAUGAUAAGAAGAAAGGGAGGAGAAAGAGUAUGGGUUCUCCCAUAUUCUUUGCUGAACCAAUGCGAGCAUCAAAUUCGUUUGUUGGUACAGAGGAGUACAUUGCGCCUGAGAUCAUUACUGGAGCUGGGCAUACAAGUGCUGUCGAUUGGUGGGCUCUAGGAAUUCUUCUAUAUGAAAUGCUGUAUGGUUACACACCAUUUAGAGGAAAAACAAGACAGAGGACCUUUGCAAAUGUUCUGCAUAAGGACAUUAGAUUUCCUACGAGCACAGAGGUAAGCCUGGUGGCAAGGCAGCUGAUGUACCGGCUGUUGCACCGGGACCCUGCAAAUAGGCUGGGGUCCUACGAGGGCGCUUCGGAGAUCAAGCAACAUGCCUUCUUCCGCGGCAUCAACUGGGCUCUCGUUCGGGCUGCCGCACCGCCCAAGCUGGAGGUGGAGGAGGAGACACCUGUUACCGCUGGUCACACGGAUAUGUUCUGAAGGAGUAAUAUGAAAAAAAUGAUAUGAUAAUUAACUUGGCAACGAUUGAUUGUUCCAGAGGUGUUGGGAUGCCAGAAUGUGUGAUGCUAAUGUAAUGUUAUUAUUUUCUUGAGAGGAUUUUCUCUGGUUAAUUAAGAAGACCCACAGAGGAAAGGAAAACACACCUUUAAAUUUUUA